AGCUGCACACCUACCUCUCUCACCUGGACGGCCAUCACACCUGUGUACGUCACACCUGUACGACAAUUCAGCACGCGAGGAGGAGGCUAAGGCAUUGUCUUACAUGUCUUCACAUACACAGGUGUAAACUCUUACCUGUAAGAAACCUCAUUGCUCUCAAGGAUGUAUGGUGUAAAAUAGUAUACAACAAUACUGUGUUCAGUUCAUCCUCUAAACCGCCGCCUGGAGUUUACGUGCAAAGGAAUGAAAUUUGGAUCAAACAAUUUCAAUAUUCUAUGAAUGCCAAAGUUAGGAAAAGUCCAUACUUUGUGUAAAAGAUUAUCUAUCUGGACGUGAAAGUAUGCUUAGUGUGUGAUCAGUGCUUGCAUACCUGAAAAGUUUCCUGGAGAUUUGUUACCGCUGACUUUAAUUCCGCCCGGUUCCCUUCCAUCUACCAUGUCUUGUCAUCAACUGCUGUAUUUGACGUUUGUUUACGGGUUUGUUUUGAUGAGUUUUAUAGCAGGAUCCGUGGGGAGGAGAUCGUGUCCCGCGGGGCGUCCUACAGUCGAUAUAUGUACCCAAGGCACAGUACACGGAAGCGAGACGUUGCUGGUAGACUUUUCACCGGAAGCUGGUAUAAAUGCAUGUAACUGUAACUUGACGAUAGAUGGCGCCCUGGUGAAUGUAACAAGUCUGGUGGCGCCUCAGUCUCAAUGUGGCCCACAGCUGGAGGUGGAACUAGGCGUUGAGUACCUUGAAGUCGAUUGUAAUCCAAUUAAUAAGUCGUACAACACCUCAGAGGUCCGGCACGGGAUAAUCUGGACGACAGCGGAAGUAUUUUAUAGCGGUGUGCAACCUCAGGACCUGUGUCUCGAAUUCAAUGUCCAUGGAGGAGCGUCGACAUUGUCCAUUACAUGUGAUGUCGAGAGAGACUGGGGACCUAGUACAACAGAGGCUGUUCCUCUCGGUCCAGCCACCCUCCCGUCAACCCCUGAGGCCGUCCCGACGAUCACCCCAGCGACACUCCCUCCAUCCACUGCAACGGCUGGUCCAGGUACAGCAACAAUAUCACAAAACGUAACAACAGAUACUAACACCAAAGACAUACCAGUACCACCAGACCAUAUACGAGAUGAAAUUCUGAGGCUUGCCAAAAACGAUGUAAAUCCAGUUCUCUUUGAAAGUGAUAAAUUGCCAUAUAACGCAACAGAAAUUCCUGUACGUGAUACAACAGCAGUUGAGACAACAACGUCUGCACGAAUUGACCCCGAUAUAAUAACAUCUGAUAUCACGUCUGCUGCUGUUUUACCGCCUCAAAAUAUUAUGGAUAAAAUAUUAGAGACAGCCAAUGCUACUUCCAACCCCAUCCACAUUGAACUUCAAAGUACAACACCGCUCGAAAAUGUCACGAGUGAUGAUGUAUCCACAGCCACAUCGACAGUAAAACCCACAGAGACUCCUGGUAUCCCCAUGGUCCCGCCGACUGACAUCAUGAAUCAACUUCUACAUAUUGCAAACAACGUCACAAACGAUACCAUUGUUUUCCCAGAGUUACCAGUUACAGAAUCUCACGAUAGAACUACGUCUUCUUCACAAACUCAGGAACAAACAAAAGUUGUAGACGUUAGAACAACAGUACCGCCUGUCGAAACAUCAACGACACCACAACGACAAACUGCUAUUAUUGAUACUCACACAGAGACUACUGGUAUCCCCAUGGUCCCGCCGACUGACAUCAUGAAACAGCUUAUAGAUAUUGCAAACAACGUCACAAACGAUACCAUUGUUUUCCCAGAGUUACCAGUUACAGAAACUCCCGAUAGAACUACGUCCUCUUCACAAACUCAGGAACACACUAUAGUUGUAGACGUUAGUACAACAGUUCUACCUGUCGAAACAUCAACAACUACUCCAAAACAACGACAACAAACUACUGGAGUAGAUGAUAAAACAACAACAACAACAACAAUAACAACAACAACAACAACUGUUGAACCAUCAACAAUACAACAACGACUCACACCAGGUGUAAUAGGAACAACGUCUACCCUACAACAUGUAGCCAAAAGUACAAAAAUCACAACUGUAGCUGAAAAGACAACUCCUAAACAGCAUUUGGAAACAACUACAGCAUUUCCUACAUACCCAAGCACUGAGUAUGACCACACACUAUACGACGAGGUGCCUAUGGAGUCACAGGGCGAUUGGACCAACAGCCGCACCAGGGUCGUCUCAAAGGCUACAACAACACUAUCGAUAAAAACAGCCCCGAGAGGUGACAUCGAGAUCACAACCCAAACAGACGGAACGAAAACCAGGAUCACAGACACAACACAGACUGACGUAGAAACGACGACGUCGUCAGUCACCGAUGACGUUACUGGAGCACGGAACAGUACCAGCCCUGACGACAAAAAUGGAGCAGAGGAUACGCUAGUUGUGCUGGGCUAUGUUUUGAUCGUCGUUGGUGCUAUCAUCGGUAUCAUCGUCAUUGUCGCCAUCAUCGCAAUCAUACGGGCAUUCUGUAAAUCAAGACACAAAUCUGCCAACAUCACAAUGAUGGAAAAAGGCGGAUUGGAGAAUGGGUCAGGAGCCACCACAGGGAUAGAUAACCCACUGGUUCAGCUGCAACAGGAACAGGAAAUGGUAGAAACAAAUCCAAACCAGGCCAACAUCUUAUCCGGAACAGACCAAAACAAUGGCAAAAUGGAAGCUAAUUUCAGCGAGGGUGCUACGGAAAUGAAUGGGAAUGGCGUGUCUAAUUCGCCACAGGCUGGAGACGAGGAAAUAUUUCAGAGCUCCGUGAAUAAUUAAUAUAAAACUAAUUAAAAUCAAUAUUUUACAGGAUGAUAUUUACGUUAAAUAUAUUAACAGGUUUUAGAAUGAUAAGAAUUUACCUAAGUAUUCACGAUUCUCCUUUGGCAUGUGGCGUGUAUGUAAACGUAGAUAGUCUUGGGUUCUGUGGUACAUUCCUGCCUUUUCAGGGAUCAUCUAAAGCCAUAUCGGGAUACAAUAAGAUUUAUACCACAAUUGACGUUUUACACACACUAGAGUGAGCGAGAAGACAAGUGAAAUCCUUUCUCCCUGCUUAUAAGUUCCCUGUAUAUCUAUUUAUAAUUUAUCAUUACACAUUUGUAUUGUAAGUUUCUCAUGAAAUCAUUUUAACCACGAGAAAAAACCCAUUUGUCGUUUUUAAUCAAAAGUCGUUUGAUGGACUUUUGUACUGUGUUAACUAGCAACAGAAUGACUUAGUUGUAGAGUACAAAUAUAUGUAGAAAACGUUUCAAUAUGUUCUGUUGCUGUUGCUAAUUUAACUGUGUAGCUUGCCGAGAUAUUGUCAUGCCUUGUGAACGUUUGCUAUAUGGUAAUAUCACUUUUCCUUACACCUAAAAAUCUGGAGAAAAUGUAUAAUGUAUGUUUACUAUACAACGAUCAUAACUUAAAGGCAUAUUUAAGAGUAAACAUAAACAUACCUAUAUAAAUAGUGGGUAGUGGCUAUAACAAAAUGGUAUACACAACAACGUUUACACAUAUGAAGUUCAAAAUCUCAAAGUAGCAAUAAUGUGUUGAUACAACUCGAAUACAAAUAUCUUCCCUGGUCUUAUUGUUAUUGGCAUGGUUACCAUGAACGUGGACGACAUAUAUACAACAGAAAGUUUGUAUCUGAACCACACCAACAGUAGCGACGGAUAGCAACCAAGAAUACAAUAGGAGCACCAUACACUGUGUAUAUAUAUUCCCAUUGUCUAUAUCAUGCUGUCGUUGUGUUUAUAUUGGAUGUAGUGACUUGAUUUGUACAAACCUAGAGAGUGACGUAAUUAAGACAUUCUGUACAUAAUCUCCUUGUAAUUAUAAUAUAUUGUAUAUAUUUCGUGUUUUUUAUAGCCGCCAUUUUGUACAUUUUCCCGCCGUUUCUGUCCACGCACGUGUCGCACCUCUAUUGUACCUAAUGACCUGAGAGAAGCCGUCAAUAAAUCAAAGUGAGAUGUUU